AUGACAAUUCCACAGUCUGUGUGGUUCCCGCGAGUUAUCCUGCUAGCCAUUGUCUGCACAGGCAUCCUAUGGCCAUCAGCAUGGCAGCCGGUGGUUUCAGCCCUCUAUCGCUACCUCUAUACAUGGCCAUUUUUUAACCGAAGCUUCUUUGAGACCUUUGAGACGGUGCUCUGCUACAUCACCAUCGAGCCCAUUUACACCGCGCGAUUCGCGAGGAACCCCUCGCGUCGUAUCGAUAUGAGAGAUGGGGCGAACUCCGGCAAUAAAGCUCGACCGAAGCUCCCAAAGAUGAAGCGGCCGUCUCGUCGACUCCGGGAGCUUCUCAUCUAUGUUUCGCCCUUGUUGCUGCUCGACUUGACCCUGAUCAAAAAGUACGCUGGUGUUGACAUCAACGCCAUCAGGGUGAGUGGCGGUUACCCCCCGGCCUCACCGACAACCCCGGGGCAUAUUAAGACCACCUUUCUCGCACCGACACUGCAUCGCUUCUCCUGGAAGUCGCCGCUACAGUUGGUGCGAGCACUGCCUCACGAGCCGCCGACAAGCCGUCGUGUUCUGCUGGAGCUGGCCGUAUCAUUGUUCAUAUAUGACGCGCUGUUCUUCGUUAUUCACAUUGCCUUUCACCGGAUCCAGGCGCUGCAUCGCAUUCACGGCCCUCACCACGGCCAUUUGGAGAUUCACCCGCAGGUCACCAACCGCUUAUCUGUCGCAGAACGUGUUUCCUUGAUCCUGCUGGCCAAUUUUUCUUUGAAUAUCAUCGGCAGCCAUGUCUUGACGCGCACCCUGUUUGUACCCGUGUUUGUCUACCUGCUGAUCGAGGUGCACUCCGGUGUUGACCUCGACUGGCAGUACGACAAGAUCCUUCCUCAGGGUUGGGGUGCUGGGCCUAGAAAGCAUGCUUUGCACCAUCGGGAAGGCAAACGGUUUUAUCAGCCGUUUUUUUGUUGGUGGGAUAAUUGGCUGGAGUCAUUAGAGGGAGCCCGGAUCGAUUAA